CGUCAUCUCUCCCCCAAAUAUUCCCUCGGUUGGUCAGCCAACAAGACGAUAAAUAUGUAUAAAAAUCCAACUCCAUGAAUAAUCAAAUCCAAUCCAAACCGAAUAUCACUCUCACUCCGACGUCCACACAAACGAAAAAACGCACAAGCGACGAACAGCUGUGAAGAAAUAUCCCCUCCGCAUCCCGCCAAAAACCAGUGUAAACCGCAUUUUUGUAACCGCACAGAUCGACGGCAGUUUAUUGUAAUCGCGCCUCGGUUUGUGGUAAUUUGAUCUCGAGUUUGGAGAAACAUGGCUGUGUGUGUGGAGACGGCGGCGGCGGAGCUCAGGGACGUAUACAACUCCGGCAAGACGAGGACGUACGAGUGGCGCGUUUCGCAGCUCAAAGCGAUGCUCAAAAUCGCGAUCCACCACGAGAAGGAACUCAUCGAAGCUCUGAAUUCGGAUCUCGGCAAGCACGAGCACGAAGCUUUUCUUCAUGAGAUUGCAGCAGUAAGAUCAGCAUGCAGGAUGGCACUGAAGCAAUUGCAUCGAUGGAUGAAGCCUGAAAAAGUUAAAACGUCCAUGACCACUUUUCCCUCAUCAGCUGAAAUAGUGUCAGAACCCUUCGGUGUCGUAUUGGUUAUCUCAACAUGGAACUAUCCUAUCCUAUUGUCGCUUGAGCCAGUCAUUGCAGCUAUUUCAGCCGGUAAUGCUGUAGUACUUAAGCCAUCUGAAGUUGCAUCUGCAACUUCCUCAACUAUGUCGAAACUUCUUGGGCAGUACAUGGAUGUCUCAGCUGUAAAAGUUGUAGAAGGUGGUAUUCCGGAAACAAGUGCAUUACUGGAGCAGAAAUGGGACAAAAUAUUUUAUACAGGGAAUAGCAAGGUUGGGCGUGUUGUAUUAGCAGCUGCAGCAAAGCAUCUCACACCUGUGAUUUUGGAGCUUGGUGGGAAAUGUCCAGCAAUUGUUGAUUCAGAUAUCAACCUAACAGUUGCAGCAAGAAGAAUCAUCUCAGGCAAGUGGGGUUGCAACAGCGGACAGACCUGUGUUUCACCUGAUUACAUGAUAACUACAAAGGAUUAUGCUGCAAAACUUGUUGAUGCUCUUUCAUCUGAACUAGAAAGAUUCUAUGGAAAAGAUCCAGUGAAUUCAAAAGACAUGUCAAAAAUUAUAAAUUCCCGACAUUUUGAACGGCUGUCAAAGCUUUUGGAUGAAGAGAAAGUUUCAGGAAAAAUAGUUAUUGGUGGUCAACGGGAUAAAGCCAAUCUCAAGAUUGCUCCCACUGUUAUACUAGAUGCCCCGGAAGAUUCUCUUAUCAUGAAUGAGGAGAUUUUUGGUCCUCUACUUCCCAUUAUCACGGUCAACAAUAUUAAGGAUGGCAUUAACUUGAUUACUUCUAAAGAGAAGCCCCUUGCGGCGUAUAUAUUUACGAAUGACAAAAAGCUCAAGGAAGAAUUCGUGCAAAGAGUCUCAGCAGGGGGCAUUGGCGUUAAUGAAGUAACUCUUCAUCUUGCUGAGGACACAUUGCCAUUCGGAGGCGUGGGAGAAAGUGGAAUGGGAUCAUACCACGGUAAAUUCUCUUUCGAUGCUUUCAGCCAUAAAAAGCCAGUUUUGUAUCGUGGGUUUAAUGGGGAAAUCUCUGCAAGAUAUCCGCCAUACACCCCUAGAAAGCUGAAAUUUCUCAAAGCUGUGUUAAGUGGUGACAUAAUUGGCAUCAUCCGUGCUCUGCUCGGAUGGUAAGAUUUGUACACCUGUAUUCCUUCGGGUUAAUAAGAUGUAAGAUUUGGUUUGCUGAUGACUGCUAACAGGCAAGGUUUAACCAAGUCCUGUGGCUAUAUAGAUUGAAAUAUUAAUCUCGUUUGCUCUUGUGUACUUAAGUCUUUUUUCUCAGCACAUACAACUCAUUUGUACGUAAAAUUGAUAAUCGAUGACUUUCUUUGCUUCCACAA